CUUUCUAUAAUUUCUGUUUAAAUUGGAAAAACUUUCCACACAACAUAUAAGUCUCAAAGAUGUUCAAAGGAUAUCUAAAAAAAAGACAAAUUUGACAAGUAUAGUAACAGCUUAAUCGCGUUCGGUCAUGGAAACCAGAGGAUGCAUGAACAUUCCGGAUCAAACUACUUCUAACGUCGACAAUAUCACACAAAAGGUCACAAAACCUGUCUGGCAAUCACCACCAAUUGACAAUAAAUACAAUCCAAUCGCGUACAAAAAUAUCAAGCUGAAUUUGAAUGCUUCGAAUAUCAAGAAGAAUGUCAAAAUCGAUUCUGCACCGAAAACGCCGGUGCAGGAGUUUUACUCAGGGCAAUCGAUCUUCAUUACAGGUGGCACCGGCUUCUUAGGGAAGAUAUUAAUUCAAAAAUUACUGCGAACCUGCCCCGAUAUCGCUACCAUUUAUCUGCUGGUACGUCAGAAGGGCAACCACAAUGUUGAAAGUCGACUGGAUAACAUGUUUCAGAUGCCGAUCUUCGACCGACUAAAGGAAGAAGUGCCGAACUUCCGCAACAAAAUCGUGCCAGUAGAAGCAGACUUCAGUGUCGACGGUUUAGGACUUUCUUACAACGAGGAGAAUUUUCUCAUGCAGGAUGUAUCUGUCGUUUUUCAUAUGGCCGCCUCAGUACAUUUCAAGCAAACAAUCAAGAACGCUACGAUGAUCAACAUCAACGUCACCCGUUAUCUGUUGGAUAUAGCUAAAAAUAUGAAGAAAUUGAAGGCGUUUAUUUAUGUGUCGACAGUCUACGCCAAUUGUCAUGCACGACAUAACGACGAGCGUUUCUACACAUAUCCUAUCGAUCACAAAAUAUUUCUUUCACUAACGGACAAUUUAUCCGAAGAAGUAGCCAGCAAAACAAUCUCCAGUGUCUUCUCCCAAUGGCCGAAUGUCUACACGUACACCAAAGCCAUCGCGGAAUCGCUGCUGAAAGAGGCGAGCGAAGACAUUCCGAUUGGAAUAUAUAGGCCUGCCUCAAUCGUUUCUACUGCCCGCGACCCGAUCGCGGGAUGGGUAGACAACUACUAUGGGCCAAACGGAGUAUCGGCGUUCUAUUACAAGGGUCUAAUGCGAUUUAUGAUUGGUGAUCCCAACUGUACGGCGAACAUCGUACCCGCCGACAUUACCGUGAACGCUCUAAUCGCCACUGCUUGGGAUGUUUUCACUCAGUCGCACAGACGAGGCGAUAAAACGUUGAUUUACAAUCAUGUGGCGACAAACGACGCCCGUUUGACUUGGGGCGAAUAUAUGGACUAUGGACAACAAAGCAUGCAGAAAUACCCGCUGAAGAACUGUUACUGGAUGCCAACCAUCACAUUAAUUAGAGAAAAAUUAAUAUACAAAAUAUGCAUUUGGUUAACUCACUUGUUGCCUGCUUUAUUGAUGGACGCUGUCCAAACGUGCAGAGGUGUUCGAGAAAGCAUAUGGACGUUCUACAAGAAGAUCCACAAUUUUUCCAAUGUCAUUCACUACUUUACGACCAGGGAAUGGACUUACACGAACGACAACAUUCAUGCGAUGUGGCAUCGUUUAAGCAAGGAGGAUCAGCGUUUGCUGAACUUCAACAUGAAGGGUUUCGACUGGCCGAAAUACUUGGACAAUCAUAUUAAAGGUCUACGCAUUUAUUUGCUCAAAGACGACAUCAGCUCUUUGGAAGCCAGUCGCAUCCGAUGGAAAAGACUUUAUUGGAUACAUCAAGCGGUGAGAAUGAUAUUCACAUUCGCCGUUCUUUGGUUCAUCUGGAGGCUGGUCACGAAAAUACUCGCAUGAACGUCGCAUUUAAUGUUACGUAUAGACAUAAUAUUAACUCAUGUAUUAUAUACAAGCA